UAAAAGUGAACCUGAUCCAGAGUUGAUUACACAUUCUCUCGCGUUACUUGUCGUAGUGAUAAUGUCCUAUGUCCCGAUAACCACAUAUCGUGUGGACGAAGCACGUGUACCACGUGUUUAUUGUUCAUCAAGUGGGAUUACGUCAGAGAAUCUAUUAUCGGGAUCUGAUAUAGUUGAUUCUUCAACUUCACAAAAUGAUGAAAUGUUUUCAAAAAGAGGUAGACGAUCGACUAUACCGGUGGAGAUUAGAGAAAAAACACGUCGACUUAAAAAACAGAAUAUGGAACGUCGACGACGUGCUUCCAUCUCAGAUAAAAUGAAGGCUUUGCAUAGUUUAGCUAUGGAGGUGAUUGGAAUUAAUCCUGAUGAGAGUCAGAAACUUGAGAAGGUUGAUCUUUUAAAUCUGUGUUACACCGUAUUCGAACGAGUUGCUGAUAUCGCUAAAGAUAAACCUGAACUACAAGCCCGUUUGAAGAAACUACGUCAUAGUUUGUAUGAAGUGACAUCUUCCUGUCCUACCAGGAAUGACAUUCCAUCCUCCUCCUCCUCCGCCUCCUGCCGCUCCUCGUCAUCAUCAUCCUCGACAUCAACAUCACGAUUGACGUCAGUGACGAAGAAACUGGAUGAAUUCACUGAAUCGUUGCAUAAAGUAGCAAUAGCAGCAGGAAAUCGAAAAAAGACUAUGCGUCGUCGUCGUCGGUGA